AUGAACUCUUGUGCUUUAUACCACUGUGCUCUGCACACCCUGAGUCUGGCAGUGCUUGUUGCUGGAAAUGUCCACCCAGAAUGUGAUUUUAUGACGGAGCUGAAAAAAAAUGAGGCUGAAUGUCUGGAGGACCCACAAGAGCAUGGAAAUGCAACAUCAGCAGGUUGCAAGAGGACUUGGGACAAAUUACUGUGCUGGCCAGAGGCAGAUGCUGGAGAGACUCUUGCCUUACCAUGCCCAAACAUCAUCCUUCACUUCAUGAAGGAGCCAGCUGGGAUAGUGAAAAGGAACUGCACAAGGAAAGGCUGGUCUGACCCGUUCCCUCCCUACCAUGUCGCCUGUCCAGUAGAAGAUGAGAUUCCCCUUGAAGAACAAUCCUACUUUUCUACUAUAAGGAUCAUCUACACUGUAGGAUACAGCGUGUCCAUCACCUCACUCAUCAUUGCUGUGACAGUUCUUAUUGCAUUCAGGAGGCUUCGCUGUCCCAGGAAUUAUAUCCAUGUGCAGCUCUUUUUCACAUUUAUCUUAAAAGCUAUUGCUAUUUUCAUUAAGGAUGCUGUCCUUUUCCAAGAGGAAGGCAUUGAUCACUGCAGCUUCUCUACAACUGAGUGCAAGAUCUCUGUGGUUUUCUGUCAUUACUUCAUGAUGACCAACUUCAUGUGGCUGCUGGUGGAGGCUCUUUACCUAAACUGUCUGCUGCUCUCAUCCCUUUCUCAUGGAAGAAGAUAUUUUUGGUGGCUUGUCCUCUUUGGCUGGGGUUUUCCUACACUUUUCACUCUUAUAUGGAUUUUGGCAAAAUUCUACUUUGAAGACACUGCAUGCUGGGAUAUUAAUGAAGGCUCUCCUUACUGGUGGCUAAUCAAAGGACCUAUUAUAAUUUCUGUGGGGGUCAAUUUUGUCCUCUUUGUCAACAUCAUCAGAAUUUUGCUGAAAAAAUUAGACCCCAGGCAAAUCAACUUCAAUAACUCCUCUCAGUACAGACGUCUCUCAAGGGCAACUCUGCUCCUGAUUCCAUUAUUUGGAACCCAUUAUAUUGUCUUCAACUUCCUCCCGGAAUACACCAGCCUGGGGGUCCGGCUUUACUUGGAGCUCUGCAUUGGAUCUUUCCAGGGCUUUAUUGUAGCAGUCCUCUACUGUUUCCUGAACCAAGAGGUGCAGACAGAAAUUGGCCGGAGGUGGCACGGUAAGAGGUGCGGGCUUGUGCCGGUGUGGAGGAGGACGAGAUGGACUGUGCCAUCCAGUUCUGGAGUAAAAAUGACCACAUCUGUGUGCUGA